GAAACGCGGAGUAGCUUGUAAGGUAUAUGUACUUUCACAUGCAACACCACUACUGUACACGCCUACUGGCGCUACUGCCAAGUGCCAACUCUCAACUUUGACACUUUACAUGGUGCGGGAUGAGCAAGGAUGUCCCACUCGCACGCGGCAGUAGGCUCCAGGUGAGCGGCGUUCAUAUGGAAAAAAAGGACAAGUCCCGUCGACGAACAGAGCUGCCUUUUGCACAAUUCUUGUAGAGUGUCUGUCACUUGGGAACAACAUGCAUAGGUAAAUAAUCGAAUAAUGUGUAUCACCAAAGAGAUGACCAAGGUUGUCGUGCGGAGGCGACGAGUCGUUCAGUGCGAGGGAGCAAAGGAGUAAUUCAGUGAAUUGUGGAGUGUGGGUCGCGGGUUGCGGGUACGUCCGCAGAGCCGCAUUGACAAGCCCGUCCCGUGAUCGCGAUCUCUCGCAAGCCAGGAAGGUCGCGAAGUGUCCGGUCUAAUCCACCCUUUCACCGGCCUGUUGUCGUAAUAUCGCUGCCGGCACUGUACUGAACUGCGAUCGUCUCUUUCAGUGUCCACUGAGUUUGCGCGCCGAUGGACUCCAGCAGGAAGCGCAAGGCGCAAGCCCUCAGCGCAACUCCCACUACCAACGAAGGGAGUGCGACUAAGAAGAUUAAGCUGCUGAACUCGAACCCCAAGCCCUCCGCCGACAGGAGCGUGCUCGCCAUCGGCACGAAGCUGAUAGCACAGCUGGGCAAUGCCACGGACAAAACCGGUCGGCCCAUUACAGAUGCCUUCUUGGAACUGCCCCCAAAAGACGAAUUGCCAGAUUAUUACCAAGUCAUUGGGCUACCCAUAUCCAUUGGCAUUAUCGAGGAGAAACUCCGCGCCAAUGCCUACCCAACUGUCAGCGCGCUCGAAAGUGACUUCAAGCGCAUGAUCCAGAAUGCAAAGGACUACAACGAGCCGAAGAGCGAAAUCUAUGAAGAUGCAGAGCGAAUACGGAAGCUCAUCUACAAUUACAUGAAGCUGAACAAUCCUGCAUACCAAGACUCAAGCUACUCAGCGGUCGCCACUCCAGUUCCAGGUCGCACUACAAAGAUCACCUUAACGAACGGUGGCCACCAUGCCCAGCCUGCUCACGCCACACAAUCCAAGCUCACGAAGACUCCUACUCCAGCUCCGCCACCAGCUCCAGCGGUGGUCAAGGAUGAACGGGCGAGCAAGGACGACAGUAGCAAACUUCGCCUAUCACUUGGACCCAGGGCUGUGGAGAAAGCAUCAGAAAAGCACUCCGAGCCACCAUCCGAUCGCAAGUCAUCGAUGGCGCCCAGUGCAGUAGACAAAGACGAGGAUGAAAGCAUGGAUUUCACUGGGAAAUCUUUCCAGGAAGCGCAGGAUAUGAUUGUGGCUGAGAUGAUUCGUUACACUGAUGACGAAGGACUCGAGAUUUUCACCCCAUUCGUCUACUUGCCCAGUAGGAAGCUGGAAGAUUACUACAGGUUCAUCAGGCAUCCAGUAUCGCUGAAGAGCGUGCAAAAGCGGAUACGUGGACAACAUGGCAGAGACCCUCCAACUGGCAUCUCCGAUUUUAAGACAUGGGAUGCCUUCGAGCAGGAGGUCAGCUUCAUUUGGCGCAAUGCGCGUGACUACAAUCAGGAUGGGAGCGCUAUUCACGAGCUCGCUGGCGAGCUUGAGGCACACUUCAAGUCACGAUUGGCAGAAGCGAAGGAGCUUGUCAAGGAGCCGCAAAGCACGCGUAUCAAGUUAGGCGGUCCACAACCUCAGACGAAGUCUGGCAUUGCGCUCAGCCUGUCGCAGCAGCCCCGUGCUUCACCUGGUCCUAGCACAACUGUGGACAGUGACGCACCAGCACACCAACGGAAUAUGGUUACGGCUGGAGUGAACGGCUCUAGCUCGCAGCCCAUUGCACGACCUGCUGCUAACCUUAAUGGCUUUGCACGGCAAUCUUCGCAAGGGCCGAUCAGACCACCAAGCAGUGGUCAAGCAGGCAGUCCGGUCAAGAACGAGAAGCUGGCAACUAUGUCACCUGCCCCCCGAGUGGGCGCACCAGCUACGCCGCAGCCCACGACGAAUGGCAUGAUGCCCCCUCCAAUGACUCGCGCCCCGAGUGGCAACUCAUUCGCAGCUCAGGCUGUGCCCCCAGUCAACAGCUAUUCCUAUACCGCGCCUUCACUUCUACCGCCUACGGCCAUUCGAGCGUAUCCUGCAUCAGAAGCUUUACUGCCUCUGGUCACGCUACACACGCACCCUCAUCUCAAAGUUGCGAAGCCGUUCAGUACGGAGGUCACACCGCACGCGUCACUGUCUCAAAACAGCGCCACCAUCACGCUCCCAGCGGCGCACUUCUUCUUGCAAAUACAACCCACCAUAUCACGAGAGGUUGCCUUGAACCGAGCUUACAAAAUCUUUGUCACUAUGAAUGGUACUCGGCUUACGCAGCGAGAUACGACCUACCAUCAAGACAGCGGGAGGCGCACACACUCGUACGAUGGGAACUUGGCUCAUGGUGUCAACCGCAUAGAGAUUGAGGUUGCUGCUGAAAAGACCAAAGAUCAUGGAGACGGAAAGAGACUUGACAUUGAGAAGGUCACUGUGUUCGCUAAUCUGACUAGGCCGUGAGAAGAUCGCUAUCGUUCAGGUGGUUGGGAACGAUUAUACUACGACGGAGACGAGAUCUCUAAGAAGUGGAUACGAAUCCCCACUUGGGCAGCUUGCCUUUUUGCAAGAAUUCUUGGUCAGCUUAGGUGAAUCUGUGCGACCAGCUUGAACCUUCAAUGUUGUCUCAAUCGCCUUGCUUGUCAAUUACAUGAUUUUCCGAGAGGCAGAUAGCGAUCAGGUUGCUCAGAGACGAAGUCUUGGCAGAUAGCGGCGAGUCGAAGAAGAAGAGGAAGAGGAAGGAGUCGGAAGACGAUGGCCAUAGAGAAGACGAAAGCUGAUAGAAACCUGGACCACCGGCCUUCGAUAGAGCGUUCCGACCUGAACAUACUUACCGUGCCAGGACGCCUUCAGAGUGGCUCAAAGUUUCACCGAACUUUCCGCGGGAGCGUUGAGCAACGCGCACGAGCCGAUAAAAGUCAUUGCGGAGGCGAAACACGCUGACUGCGGGCCAAUCAUCGAUGGAUCGGCAUCGAAGUUGCUGAUAGUGAAAGGGUAUCGCUGCUCGCAAGCGCCAAGAAAAGGAACUUGGACGUGUUGACUCUCUGGAUUUGUUGCCAAGAAGCAACUUUCUGGCAGGAACUUUUUGGGGAGAAUGACGGAUCCAUUACACGAUAGCGAUCAAAGGAAUGACAAGGAAAAUCAGAGGCCUCGAACCGCUCAGACAUUGCUGAGAACCAUGAUCCUUUUUUUGAGAAUUUGGGAUACACUAUGCUUGCGGCGCAGUAGUCUCGAGGGACUUUAUGAGUUGUAGCUAGAGUAGAG